AGGCCAACAGUGAAGGGAGCUGGAGUGACUCAGCUGGAUGUGACUCCAGGACAGAAUGGUGCUGGACUCGGGGGCCCAGGUGUAUGAGCAGGUACCCCCCAGCCCACCUGCCAGUCCCCUGUCCCUAUGCACCAGGCUGAAGUCAUCAGGUAGAGAUGGGCCGCCACUGUACCCCUGGUCUCAGCCCCUGCCCUUGCCCUUGCCUCUGGCUUUGUCAGUCCCUUCAGCACUUGGACCUCAGCCAAGAGUGCAGCCCCUCUCAGAACUGCACCUGGGCCACCACCGCCACAUGCGUCGCAGUGAGAGUACCUGCACCAUAAAUAACACUGGCCGGCGGAAGAGCGGCACCCAAGGACGAGCCCCACCUGGGCGGGGACGAGACCCAGGUGGGGGCACCUUGCGGUCUGCAGCCUCCCUGCCUCACCUUGCUAAGACCCGAAAGGAUACAGGCCGUGGUGCCAACAAGAGCCCCUGCAUGCUGGUGGCCCUUCGACCAACCAACAUGAACAGCGAGCGGGACAAGUUCUUCCAAUCUCGUUACACCUACAACCCGCAGUUCGAGUACCUGGAGCCCAUGCCCACGGCAGUGCUGGAGAAGUACUGUGAGGCCUCUGGGCAGUUCAUUCACCAGGCGGUUGGCAUCAUCGAGGCUGUCCUGGAGAAGUUUGGCACCUAUGAACAUUUUGAGGCUGUCACUGGGGGCCAGCUGCUGACCAAGUGCCAGAUCUGGUCCAUUGUGCGCAAAUACAUGCAGAAGGAGGGCUGCGUGGGGGAGGUGGUGGUGCAGCUGAGUGAAGACCUGCUGUCUCAGGCUGUCAUGAUGGUGGAGAACAGCCGACCCACAUUGGCCAUCAACCUGACGGGAGCCCGCCAGUACUGGCUGGAAGGCAUGCUGCGGCACGAGAUAGGUACUCACUACUUGCGGGGCGUGAACAAUGCGCAGCAGCCUUGGCACAGCACUGAAGGCCGGGUACAGUACGGGCUGCGGCCUGCCAACCCCACCGAGGAAGGUCUGGCCAGCCUGCACAGCGUGCUUUUCCGCAAGCAGCCUUUCCUGUGGCGCGCUGCACUGCUCUACUACACUAUCCACCGCGCAGAGCGCAUGUCCUUCCGCCAGCUCUUCCAGGACCUGGAGCGAUACGUUCAGAAUGCCGACGUGCGCUGGGAAUACUGCGUGCGCGCCAAACGUGGCCAGACAGACACCUCGCAGCCGGGUUGCUUCAGCAAAGACCAGGUGUACCUGGAUGGCAUUGUGCGCAUUCUGCGGCACCGUGAGACCAUCGAUUUCCCACUGCUGACCUCACUAGGCAAGGUAUCCUAUGAGGAUGUGGACCACCUGCGGCCCCAUGGGGUGCUGGACAACACCCGGGUGCCCCAUUUCAUGCAGGACCUGGUGCGGUACCGGCAGCAGUUGGAACACAUCAUGGCCACCAACCGGCUGGAUGAAGCAGAGCUGGGCCGCCUACUGCCCGACUAAUGCUGAUCGAGAAGGCCACAGGCUCUAGAUUGGCCCUCAGAUUAUGAAGCUAUCUGCUCUGUGC